UCCGCCCACAAAGGCGGAUCCGCCGCCGCACGCCGGAAGGAGAGGCGCGUUCUGGGAGGCAGCGCUGCAUGCUGGGACCGGUGGUCCACGGCGCGACCUCGGCCGAGGCGGCUUCUCCGCUCCCUUCAGCCCUCAUAGCCCGUGAGUCCAAGCGGUUCCGACGCCCUGGCCCGACCCGCACAGGCCCAAGGACAAGACUCCCGCCAGCCUCGCAGAGGGUGAACCUCGGCAGGAACAGUUCCGGGCACCUUCGGCCCGGAAGGAGAAGUGCCGCCGGGGCGACGUCGCGCGUCGCGAGAGGCGAGGUCGGAAGCCACGCCCUCGGGGGCUGGGGCCACCGAGCGGCGGUGGAGUCCGUGCAGCGGCUCUGACCCGGGGGGAGAGCCUGGCGGAGCAUUGGGGGGCGUCGGCCAUCCCGGGACCGGCAGCCGACUAGGCCCCUCGCGGGGCUGCGCUCCCCCUGGGCCCCGCUCGGCGCUGGGGGGUGGGCUGCAUAUGGGAGCCCGGGGCGCCCAAGAUGCGCGCGCCCGCCAGGGAGCUCUUCCGGGACCCCGCCUUCCCUGCCUCGGACUCCUCGCUCUUCUCCAGUUUCUCCACGCCGCUGGCCCAGUUCCGGGGGGACAUCACGUGGAGGCGGCCUCAGGAAAUUUGUGCUACGCCCCGGCUGUUUCCAGAUAACCCACAGGAAGGGCAGGUGAAGCAAGGGCUUCUGGGGGACUGCUGGUUCCUGUGUGCCUGCGCCGCCCUGCAGAAGAGCCGGCACCUCCUGGACCAGGUCUUUCUUCCCGGACAGCCGAGCUGGCUCGACCAGACAUACCGUGGCUCCUUCACCUGUCGAGUUUGGCAGUUUGGACGCUGGGUGGAGGUGACCAUAGAUGAUCGUCUGCCUUGUCUUGCAGGGAGACUCUGCUUCUCCCGGUGCCAGAGAGAGGAUGUGUUCUGGCUUCCUUUACUGGAGAAGGUCUAUGCCAAGGUCCAUGGGUCCUACGAGCACCUAUGGGCAGGGCAGGUGGCAGAUGCCCUGGUGGACCUAACCGGUGGCCUGGCAGAAAGGUGGAACCUGAAGAACUUGGCAAGCAGCAGUAGCCAACAGGAUGGAUCUGGCAGCUCAGAGCUCAAGACUUGUUGGCAGCUGCUCAGCCUCAAGGAGCGGUGUCUGAUCAGCUGCUCAGUGUUCAGCCCCAGAGCAGGUGCCAGGGAGCUGGGGGAAUUUCACGCCUUCAUCGUCUCGGACCUGCGUGAGCUCCGGGGUCAGGCUGGUCAGAGCAUCUUGCUGCUUCGCAUUCAGAACCCCUGGGGCCGGCGGUGCUGGCAGGGGCCCUGGAGAGAGGGGGGUGAAGGGUGGACCCAGGUGGACCCAGUGGACUCAGCGGAGCUGCUGUCCCAGCUCCAGGAAGGGGAGUUCUGGGUGGAGGAGGAGGAGUUUCUCCGUGAAUUUGACGAGGUCACCAUUGGCUACCCGGUUACGGAGGCUGGCCAUCUGCAGAGCCUCUACUCAGAGAAGGUGCUCAGCCACACUCAGGAGCUGCCGGGAGCCUGGGUCCAGGGGCAGUCCGCAGGAGGCUGCCGGAACAACAGCGGCUUUCCCAGCAACCCCAAGUUCUGGCUGCGGGUCUCAGAACCAAGCGAGGUGUACAUUGCCGUCCUGCAGAGGCCCAGGAUGCGCACGGUGGACUGGGCCGGCCGGGCCCAGGUGCCGGUGGGGGGCAGCCACAUUGUAUGGAGCCCGGCAAGCAUUCCGGGCAAGGACUACCCUGCCGUGGGUCUGCAUCUCUGGAAGGUGGAGAAGCGGCGGGUCAGCCUGCCCAGGAUCCUGUCUACACCCCCUGUGGCUGGCACUGUGUGCCAUGCGUAUGACCGCGAGGUCCAUCUCCGCUGUGAGCUCACCCCCGGCUACUACCUGGCCGUCCCCAGCACCUUCUUAAAGAAUGUUCCAGGACAGUUUUUGCUCCGGGUCUUCUCCAGCGGGAGAGUCUCCCUCAGUGCCAUCAAGACAGUGGUCCAGAGCCCUGGCCCUGGGGAGACCCUGUUGGCGGGGGAGUGGGAGACUGUGCAGCUGCAGGGCUCCUGGAAGAUCGGCCAGACAGCUGGGGGCAGCCGGAACUUCGCCUCCUACUCCAGCAACCCCUGUUUCCCCCUCACGGUCCCUGAGGGUUCAGGCCCCCGCUGCGUCCGGAUCACUCUGCACCAGCACUGCCUAGACAGCGACUGCCACCCCAUCGGCUUCCAUGUUUUCCAGAAUGGCUGUGAGCCCAGAGGAGUCCAGAAGGGGGUGCUGCCAAUGAGGCAUAGCCACCCAGAGCACCUUCCUUGGCGGUCGGCUCUCUCCCACCAUAGAAUGGGCAGAGCUGCUGAGAAAACCCCUUCCCAAGAGCGGAGACACCAGGAGCUUGGGAAAAAGUGCCCGUGGCCAGCAGGUUCCAGCGGACAGCGCGGGCCAGAGCACGCCCUCCCUGCUGCUCCAGAAGCCUCUGCUGAGCUGUGUGCCACAUUGCUACACCCAGGAAGUGAGCCGCAUCUGCCACCUGUCUGCAGGGAACUACAGGAUUGUGCCCUCCACCUACCUGCCAGACACAGAGGGGGCCUUCACAGUGACCAUCGCAACCAGAAUAGACAGACGCUCCAUUCACAGCCAGGAAAUGCUGGGGCAGCUCCUCCAAGAGGCCUCCUUCAUGGCAGUGAUGAAGACCUAACUGGAUAACCCCACUGGAGUCCUCAGAGGCCUCCCUUGGCCCAUGAUGUCCUCACAGCGUCCUUGCUCGGUGCCACCAGCCUCAGUGCUGUAGCUGCCAGUCCUGCACUGAGCAGCUGCAUGUGCCUGUGGCACUAAGUGAAGGUUCCUCAUCCUGGAGAGGCAGCCCCGGGGUCAGGCAGGUGCUGCAGGGAGGGCCAGAAAGGCCCAAUGCAAGUGUCCUGGUCCCCAAGCCAUGACAACAGCUCCAUGGAGUCCCUCCGGGCUCCUGAGCGGCCUCAUAGCUGACAGACGAGUGUGUCAGCACACAGCUGUUUGCAGCACUUCUGGAUGUAACUUUAUAAAUAAACAUGAAUACUGAGCAGUU